AAAGAGCAAGAACAAGCGUUUUCUUGUUUUCCCACUUUAAUUUUUGAUUCUCCCUUUGGGACUUUAAUUAUUGUUCAAAAAGUUGCUACCUUUUAGCUUUUUCUUGAUUGAAUAGCUAGGGUGAUUGUUCUGUUUCUUUGUGUUGUAAAGUUUAGUGGGAUUGGGAAUCAAUUCAUGCCGGGGGCACAUGUUCUUGCCUGAAUAAAUUAUUUACCCACUGUGAAAAAUAUUCCCUUCUUUUCAUUAAAAGGAAAUCUUGCUGAUUCUUUGAACUCCGGUUAGCAAGGGAGAAAUGGAGGUCUCAGAUCAUUUUCUGGUUCUGAAUUCUGCAGAUUCAUCUAGUAAUGUUCAAGCUCAGGCAUCACUUCUAUCUGUUGGUUCAGUUCUUGAUGAGAAGUUGAGGAGAAAUGCCCAAACUUGUACUCACACCCACAACCAUAUCUAUACUUCCCUGCAGAGUGAUGGUGAGGCUAGAAGAAGGGCUUCUGGGAAUCGAGAAGCGGUUAGGAAGUAUCGAGAGAAGAAGAAGGCUCACACGGCUUACUUGGAGGAGGAAGUGAGGAAAUUGAGAGCUUUGAAUGAGCAGAUGGUUAAGAAAGUAGAGAGGCAGGUGGUUCUUGAGGCAGAGGUCAUGAGGCUUAGAGGUCUAUUGCUGAAACUUAGAGACAAGAUUAUUGAUAGCGAGGGAUCGGGGAGUGGUUUUCCCUUCCAAAAACACUGCGAUUCCGCCACUCUUUUCAAGCAAUCUAGUGGAUGUGGGAAGAACAAAAUGAUGUUUUCUUUACAACAUUAUUGCCAGCCUCAGCCUGCUACUGCUGAUUGUGUGAAUCACAUGGGAAGUGAUGAACAAAAAAGGUAAUUAGGUACUCGACCCGGAACCAGUACCGAGCUAUUACUCCUCAGCUACCUCGGCCACUCUCACUAGCUGAAGAGUGGGGGGCUAGUGACAGGGUAAUUGGGUACCCGACCCGGAACCACGGGCAGCACCCAAGGACAAGACAAUGAAAGGACGUUCAAACUAGCCGUUCAGCAUUUCACUCCAAUGGUACUCCAACGACUCCUCAGCACUAACACUCCAUUACUAUGCAUUUAAGAUAGGACGUUGCGCUCAUGAAUAUAAAAGGGCGCUCACAACACUUGCAGGGGGAGGCAACAUUUACUAAGCUGAACUCACUACUGAGAAAACACUACUGUACUGAACUAUUUGUACUCUUGCAUUUAUAUUAUUAAUAAAAGAUAUCGGUAACACAUUAUUACCGUCA